GCCGAGGAACGCGACCAUCCCAAAUUGUAACAACUUCUGCCAGACUGAGCUCUCUCACAUGCUCUCAAAUCCACCUAGCCUGCCAAAAUGAAGCGCUCACGAGAACCUGAAGAGACCUCUCCAGGGGAAGUUGCAGAUGCUGCCCAGGGCCUAGCAGUAGCUCCAGGUGGUAAUCCUGACAGGCCCGGAAAAAUCGACGACGUCGACGGCGACACCGCGCCUCCCGCGACCAAAAUUGCGGAGCUUGACCUGUCCGACAACAGGAACGGCAGCGAUGUCCUCAUGCACUGCUCGCUGCCGCCCCACAAAGAGCCCCUGGCGUUCUCGUCCUACAGCGACUACGAGACCCAUUACCGGGACCAGCACACCAACCGCUGCGUCCAGUGCCGCAAGAACUUCCCGUCCAGCCACCUCCUCGGCUUACACAUCGAGGAAACGCAUGACUCGUUCGUCCAGGCGAGGAAGGAGAGAGGAGAGCGCACUGUAUGUUCCCCAGGAAGCCCUCCCCGUCCUGUGCCAACGCCCACGCCCAAGCCCAUGCCCAUAUCCACGCCGUCUGCUAACGCAGUCCUCAGUACUCGUGCUUCGUGGAAGGCUGCGACCGGAAAUGCAGCACGCCACACAAGCGCAAGAUGCACCUGAUCGACAAGCACAUGUACCCCAAGGAUUUCUUCUUCGCCAUCACGCGGGAAGGCAUCGACGGCCGGAACUCUCUGUUACGGGAGGGCCGCCGGCGUCCUCGUCGGAGAUCGAGCGCCGCUGCUGCAUCACCUCCGGACUCAUCUCAAGGUCAAGGACUGGAACCUGAUGCUCCAGGAGAGCCUGCUGAGCCAAGGGGCGGCCAUACAGGAGCAGAUGCCGCCCAAAAAAAUGCUGGGCAGCAGCAAGACCAAGAAAUGGAGAACCUCUCAAGCGCCAUGGCAGCGCUUCAGUUCGUGCCGAUGAGCGUCCGGUUCGGGCGAGGUAAAAAGGCUGGCUUU